GCUUUGUGGAAGGGGCGGUGUCAGAGGAUAGAGGCCCCGCCCAAGCGUUGCUCGUGUCGUCUUGGCGGUUAGUAGGAAAAAAUGGCGGCCGUGCGCGGUAAUGGAGCCGUGUGGCGGGGGCGAGGAGUAGGGCCGGUGUCUGCUGUGCGCCCCGUAGUUCACGGACCUUCUCCCGGGGAGCCCUCCGACCUGCAGAAUAACAAUAUUAUUUCUCCCAAUUAUAAGUAUGCCUGUAAACUGCACUCAGGGAGAUCGUGCCACUGUGGAGUGGAUGAUGAUGUUGAGGAUCAGGCAGCGAACUCCCUCCUCAAUAAGCUGAUCCGGAAGUCUUUGGUGGAGUCUAGUCAGAAUGUGGAGGUGCUGCAAAGAGACCCUUCUUCUCCAUUAUUCUCAGUGAAGUCGUUUGAAGAAUUGCACUUAAUGCCAGCGCUGCUUAAAGGGAUCUAUGAGAUGGGCUUCAACCGACCUUCCAAAAUCCAAGCAACUGCGCUUCCAAUGAUUCUCGCCGACCCACCCCAGAAUCUCAUUGCUCAGAGCCAGUCAGGGACAGGAAAGACAGCAGCGUUUGUCCUAGCGAUGCUCAGCAGAGUUGAUGCCAUGAAAAAAUACCCACAGUGUAUCUGCCUCAGUCCUACAUUUGAAUUGGCUUUGCAAACAGGAGAAGUCAUAGAGCAGAUGGGGAAGUUCUGUGACGGGAUUGAUGUGAUCUUUGCCAUACGGGGGAACAGACCUGCCAGAGGUAGCAGAAUAGAAGCUCAGAUCAUAGUGGGAACGCCGGGAACUGUGAUGGAUUGGUGCUUCAAGCUGAAGCUUAUUGAUGUUGAGCGAAUCAAAGUAUUUGUCCUGGAUGAAGCUGAUGUCAUGAUCGGUCUUCAAGGCUAUUCUGACCAUAGUGUCCGAGUGAAGAGGGCGAUGCCACUGAACUGCCAGAUGCUUUUGUUCUCGGCCACGUUUGAGGACUCUGUCUGGUGUUUUGCUGAGAGGAUUGUUCCAGAUCCAAACAUCAUAAAAUUAAAAAAGGAAGAGCUGACGUUGCAGAACAUUCGCCAAUUUUAUGAUUUUUGUGAAGACAAGGCAGCAAAAUACAAGGCCUUAAUCAACAUGUACACAUCGAUCACUAUUGCGCAGGUCAUCAUCUUUUGUCAGACUCGGAAAACUGCAAAUUGGCUUUACCAACAAAUGACAAAUGAAGGGCACAUGGUGGCUCUACUGAGCGGAGAACUGACCGUGACAGAGCGAGCCAUUAUUAUCCAGAGGUUUCGAGAGGGCAAAGAGAAAGUUCUUAUCACGACUAAUGUCUGUGCUCGCGGAAUUGAUAUAGAACAAGUGUCAGUUGUUCUUAACUUUGAUCUGCCUGUGACUAUUGAUGGGUCAACAGAUUAUGAGACAUACCUGCAUCGAAUUGGCCGCACUGGCAGAUUUGGUAAAAAAGGCAUUGCAGUCAAUCUUGUUGAAAAAUCUUUCAUGCAUACUUUGCGUGACAUCGAAGAACAUUUUGACACAAAGAUCGUGCGGCUGGAUACCGGAAACUUAGAUGAAAUGGAAAAACUGUGCUUCUGAGGAGGUUACAGCUCCUACAGAACAUUGUUUUGUUUUUUUGAGUUCUUAUAAAGCUGCUGGUAUAAAAAAAAAAUAA